AUGGCACUGGCAGGCGUCUCCGCCGGCCGAGUGAUCCCAACCUCCUUGCUCCUCGCCGUCCUAAUCGCAGCCACGAUCUUGUGCGCCGCAGUCGCCGCGGCCGCAAACGCACCGGCGGUUCAUCAGGCCGCCGGUGGUGGCGGCGCUAAUAACCGCGGCACUUCCGCAAGCCGGUUCCUCGCCACGGCCGCGGCGGCUACGGGGAAGAUUGGCCGCCACCGCGAGUGCCGCCGUGGGUACCCUGCAGGCGGCGCGUGCUCCGGCGGCGCCGGUGGUGGUGGCGAACGGCCGCGGCGGCUCAUCAGGUGCUGCGGCGGCUUGUGCACCGACGUGCUGGCCAGCGCGAGCAACUGCGGCGCGUGCGGGAAGCGGUGCGCGUUCGGCCGGCUGUGCUGCGCCGGCCGGUGCGUCGCGGUGGCUCACGACGUGGAGAACUGUGGCGCGUGCGGCCGGGCCUGUGCCCACGGCCUCCCGUGCACCUACGGCAUGUGCGGCUACGCUUAA